CCUUCUGUAAGCUGCUCUGCCGUUGCAAGGGUUUUCCGUGGGCCCGGGUGGGCAAGAGAUUCCUCCUCCUGCAUAUACACCAAAAGUAUGGCAUCCCCUGGCGCGUGGAAGGCGGUCGGCCAGGAACACGGUGUACAAGCGGCGGGCUUUGCUGGGGCCUGCGAGGAGAUAAUGCCGGCCGAUGAAGAAAUUGCGUGAAUGUGUUGAAUGCAGCACAUGCGGGUAACAUGCUUGUAAGUCAUGACUUUGAAAGGUGCAUGUAUGUACGUCGAUGCCCAGAGUGGGUAUCUUGGGCGUGACGGCGUGAGAGGUUCUGCUAGUGGUGCUACGGCUAUUGGAGAUUGGAGAUGCUGGUGGUGGAUUGUGGGGUUGACUGUGAUAUAUGUUUGGUUGCGUGAGGCUUACAGUAUGGACUUGUAUGAGAGAUUUGGGCUGUGAAGCAGUGGAUUGGAGGCGAAGGAAACAAAAAAACAAUUAUAGAUUUGAAAA